AUGUCUGACAAGGAAUUCGGAGGCAACGACGACCUCUCGCUGCCCAAAGCGACGGUACAAAAAAUCAUCAACGAGGUUCUCUCCACCAACCCUUCACUCGUCGGCGCAGAUGGUCAGCCCGGUGGCAUGACCUUCGCCAAAGAGACGCGCGACGUGCUCAUUGACUGCUGCGUUGAGUUCAUCACCAUGUUGUCCUCCGAGGCCAACGAGAUCGCCGAAAAGGACGCCAAAAAGACCAUCGCAUGCGAACACGUCACCAAAGCCUUGGCCGAGCUGGGAUUUGAGGAGUAUGUUCCGGAGCUGCGCAAGCAGGCUGACAGCUUCAAGCAUGCUGCCGCGCAUCGUGAAAAGAAACAGACCAAGAUCGAGCAGUCCGGCAUGACCAGCGAGGAGUUGAUCCGAGCCCAGGAGGAGUUGUUCAAGACCGCCGGUGACAAGUACAACGCUACAGAGCCGUAG